CGUCACCCCAGAAUGCCGUGAUAUUCCCCUACACCUUGACACUUGGCAUACGGCAGUCUUCAGUUCCUCUUGGGGGAGAUCAUCACCGUUUGAACAGCGAUGCCGCCCCGCAGAAGAGCGCCGAUCUCUGCGGCGAACCUGCGAUCUGCGCAACCUUCAGAGGGUGCAGCAUCUUCAAGGCCAGGUGCCGCGGAGACUACGAAACGCAGACGCCCUUCCCAGACCGCACAACCUCCCCGAGCCGAACAACCGCCACCACCCAGUGCGGAGGAACAGCAGCAGAAGUCGACCGAGGAGCACGAGCAUUCGCAUUCUACAUACCGUCAUCGCGAUCCAUUUGAUGCGCUUCUGGAGCCUUUCUACUACAACAAGUCCCUCACGGAUCCGAUCAACACCGCGAAAGACAAAUGGAACCUUCUGCCGGCUUUCCUCAAGGUCAAGGGAUUGGUGAAGCAGCAUAUUGACUCAUACAACUACCUUGUUGAGGUCCAAUUGAAGAAAAUUGUCGAGUCCAGCUCUACAAUUCGAAGCGAUGUCGACCAUACCUUCUACAUCAAGUUCACCAAUAUCUAUCUGGGUUUCCCGCGCCGUGCCGACGAACCGCAGGAUGCGCGGGCCGACUUCACCUAUUCGACCGUGUCCCCGCAAGAGUGUCGCCUGCGUGAUACGACUUACGCGGCUCCCAUUCAGGUCGAUUUCGAGUAUGUCCGUGGCCGUCAAAGGGUCAUGAGGAAGGGUGUCGCCAUUGGUAGAAUGCCGGUUAUGCUUCGGAGUUCUAAGUGUGUGUUGGCAAACAAGACGCCGGCGGAGAUGACGGUGCUGAACGAGUGUCCCUUGGAUCCUGGUGGUUACUUCAUCGUGAACGGAACGGAGAAAGUCAUUCUCGUCCAGGAACAGUUGAGCAAGAACAGAAUCAUUGUUGAAACCGACCCCAAGAAGGAGAUUGUCCAGGCGUCGGUUACAAGUUCUUCCAACGAGAGAAAGUCGAAGAGUUACAUCGUUCUCAAGAAGGACAAGCUCUACGUGAAGCACAACGUGCUCAGCGAGGAUAUUCCCAUCGUCAUUCUUUUGAAGGCGAUGGGUAUUCACACAGACAAGGAGAUGCUUCUGCUGGUCGCGGGUGUCGACAAGGUUUACCAGGAAGACUUUGCCAUCAACUUCGAGGAGGCGAUCAAGUUGGGUAUUUACACGCAACAACAGGCUCUGGACUGGAUUGGUGCUCGGAUUAAGAUCAACCGCAAGCAGUCGCCUUCUUACCGCCGUACCCAUGUUCAGGAAGCUGUCGAGGCCAUUGCCUCUGUCAUCAUCUCCCACAUCGAGGUGAAGAACAUGAACUUCCGGCCCAAGGCCGUCUAUGUUGCGCACAUGGCGCGUCGUGUGCUUAUGGCCAAGAACGAUGCCAGCUUGGUUGAUGACCGUGAUUAUCUCGGAAACAAGCGUCUGGAACUGGCUGGUCAACUGCUGGCUUUGCUCUUUGAAGAUUUGUUCAAGAAAUUCUGCUUCGACAUCAAGAUGAACAUCGACAAAGUCCUGAACAAGCGCAACCGUGCCGAGGCCUUUGAUGCUUACAGUGUCAUUACCAUGCAUAGCAACCAUAUCACCCAGGGUAUGAAUCGUGCUAUCUCGACGGGUAACUGGAGUUUGAAGCGUUUCCGCAUGGAACGUGCUGGUGUGACCCACGUGCUCAGUCGACUGAGUUAUAUUGCGGCUCUGGGUAUGAUGACCCGUAUUAGCAGUCAGUUCGAAAAGACGAGAAAGGUCUCUGGUCCUCGUGCAUUGCAGCCUUCGCAAUUUGGUAUGCUUUGUCCGGCCGAUACUCCCGAAGGUGAGGCCUGUGGUCUCGUCAAGAACUUGGCACUCAUGACCCAUAUCACAACCAACGACGAAGAGGGCCCGAUUAGGAACCUGAUUUUCAUGCUCGGCGCCGAAGACAUUCAGACUGUGGGUGGUAAAGAGCUCUAUGGGCCUGGCUGCUACACGAUCUCAAUCAACGGAACACCCACUGCACUCACACGUCGUCCGAAAUACUUCCUUGAUGCGUUCCGCAGACUGCGUCGGAUGGGACGUAUUUCUGAGUUCGUCAGUAUCUACAUCAACCACCACCAGAGGGCCGUCCAUGUCGCGACCGACGAUGGAAGAAUCUGUAGACCUCUUAUCGUCGUCGAAAACGGCAAGUCUCGUGUCAAUGCCCAGCACCUCGAGAAGCUGCGUAAUGGUACAAUGCAAUUCGAUGAUUUCCUUGCUCAAGGUCUGGUUGAGUAUCUUGAUGUCAACGAAGAGAACGAUUCUUUGAUCUCCAUCUACGAGAAAGACAUCACAGAAACCACCACCCAUCUGGAGAUUGAACCCUUCACAGUCCUCGGUGCAGUCGCCGGUCUUAUUCCCUACCCUCAUCACAACCAGUCCCCCCGUAACACCUACCAAUGUGCCAUGGGUAAACAAGCUAUUGGUGCGAUCGCCUCCAACCAGUUCCUGCGUAUCGACUCGAUCUUGUACCUCAUGGUCUACCCGCAAAAGCCCAUGGUCAAGUCUCGCACCAUUGAGCUGACCAAAUACGACCAGCUUCCUGCCGGACAGAACGCCAUUGUCGCCGUCAUGAGUUACUCUGGUUACGAUAUUGAGGAUGCCUUGGUCCUGAACAAGGGAUCAGUCGACCGCGGCUUCGGACGCUGCCAGGUGUUCCGGAAAUACGUCACCAACCUGAAGAGUUACUCCAACGGCACCAAGGACCGACUGAGCGGACCAAGCUACGAGAACGAUGCGCCAAUCCGCAAGCACGCUCUCCUCGAGAGCGACGGUCUCGCCGCUGUCGGUGAACAAGUCAACGCCGGCGAAGUCUACAUCAACAAGUCUACGCCCGACCAGUCCAUGUCCUCAGGCUUCCCCAACUCCGACGCCGGCCGGCCCGUCUCCUACAUGCCCACGCCCAUGACCUACAAGCUCCCAGACCCCGCCUACAUUGACAAAGUGAUGGUCUCGGUCACCGAGAACGAGAACCAACUCGUCAAGGUCCUAACCCGCCAGACCCGUCGCCCGGAAGUCGGCGACAAGUUCUCCUCGCGUCACGGACAGAAGGGUGUGGUGGGUAUCAUCGCCGACCAAGCCGACAUGCCCUUCACCGACUCCGGCAUCAACCCUGACAUUAUCAUGAACCCCCACGGUUUCCCCUCUCGAAUGACAGUCGGAAAGAUGCUGGAACUCGUCGCCGGCAAAGCCGGCGUCCUGGCCGGCCAACACGGCUACGGUACCUGCUUCGGCGGCAGUCCCGUCCAGGAAAUGUCCCAGAUCCUUAUCGACAACGGCUUCAGCUACGGUGGAAAGGACUACCUCACCUCGGGUAUUACGGGAGAGGCCCUGCCCUUCUACGUCUUCACGGGUCCCAUCUACUACCAGAAGCUGAAGCACAUGGUCCAGGACAAGAUGCACUCGCGUGCUCGUGGUCCUCGCGCUAUCCUUACCCGUCAGCCCACGGAAGGUCGUUCCCGUGACGGUGGUCUGCGUCUGGGAGAGAUGGAACGUGAUUGUUUGAUCGCGUAUGGUACUAGUCAGCUUCUGCUGGAGCGUCUGAUGAUCUCUUCUGAUCGUCAUGAGAUCGAUGUCUGCGAGCAGUGCGGUUUCAUGGGUUACCUGAACUGGUGUCAGCGGUGCAAGUCGUCCCGGAGCGUGGUGAAGAUGGCUAUUCCGUAUGCGGCGAAGCUGCUGAUUCAGGAGUUGAUGAGUAUGAAUGUUACGGCGAGAUUGAAGCUUGAUGAUGAGUUUCCUGAGAUGAAGGGGCGGUAAGCUGCCCUCCUUGUAUUCCUUCUCAGUGGAUGGACAACGAUGAUAGGACGGGACAUAUGGAUCAAGAGGAAAUGAACAACCACCACAACAAAUACCACAAUUGAUGAGUGGAAAAAGAAGAAAAAGUUAGGCGUUUCAUUUGGUUCAUCGGAGUGUGUACAUAAAAGCCGGUUCUGGAUGUGUCUUUUCUUUGCUUCUUAUUGCAUGCAUAGCGCUCGGCGAUCGUCGGUCG